UGACACAGGGGAGGCAUGAUUCUCCCUGACAAGCAGUAUAAAGAAUAACCUGUAGGCGCUCAGACACCUGCACCCGAUGCAUAUACUGAGGGCACUCAUUUGGUCUUCUGGCUCAGGAUAGUGACCCAUUUGUUACUGAAAGGAUCUGGAUAACGACUUGGCUAGACACUGCUUCCCUCUUUUUGCUUCUGGUGGUCCAUCACGAAGACGCGAUGGGGCUGAAAACUCGGUGGAUGCAGAGUUCCCUAGCGAGCAUAUUAUGCCAGGGUGUCAUUGCGUGCUGGCUGCUCUCUGCAGUCCUAGGUCAAAGUACUCCAAAUAAUACAUUAUCUACUGACACUGGUCCAACCACAGAUUACUCUCUCUAUACUACUCUUCCCCAAAUGUCCAGUGCGUCAGCUUCUGUUUCAACAUCCAUUGCCACAAAUUCAACUGAAAUGGCUACAUCACAUGUAUCAGACGAGUACUCUACAAGCAAACCAGUAGUUGCCACCACAUCUACAAGCAAUACAACAGCUUCAUUAGUGAAUUCUACUGUCAAAGAAACUACAUUAUCAGCUACUACUUCAGCAGUUACAUAUACCAAUUCAACAGGGAAAACAGACCUUUCAGUGCCAGCGUUUAGUACGUCUCCAAUGACUCCAAGUGCUACCCAAAACAUCACUGACACAGCCAACAUUACACAUCUCUCUACGGUAUCCUCAAAUUCAACAGAUCAUGUAACUGGAACUGAACUGACUUCAAAUCCUACAGCAACAGACUCAAAUCUAUCUACAAUGGAUGUCACCACCUCAUUACCCAAAAUAACAAAAGAAACCCAGAAUACAACUGAAACAAGCAGUACUGUAGGUACUAAAGAAACAACUGUAUAUAAAGUAGAUAGUGAAGUGACAACAUCACCAUUUACUAUAAGCACAAGCCAAACAUCAACCUCCAAGAAAGAAAGUGAGACAAGUGAGGCUACUACUGUUGCUGGCAUUGGAGAACCAAAAGCAUUGAGUUCAGGUAGUGUUGCUGCCAUAACAAUAAUUGUAAUUUUAUUGGUCUUGUUGGUGUUUGGAGGAGCAGCCUUUUGGAAAAUAAGGCAUUCAUCCUACGGAAGACUACUAGAAGAACAAGAUUAUGGCUCCUUGGGAAACUACAACAAUCCUCUUUAUGAUGACUCCUAAAAUCAUGGACCCUGCCCAUAUAUGCCACAUGUUGUUUGUAUUGUUUUUCUGAACACAACAAAAAAAAAACAGCUUGGAUUUUUUUCCAUUUAAAUAUUCAUACCAGUGAAAUGCCUUCUUUGCUUAAUACCUUCUGUGCAACGAACAAAACAACAAGUAUUAACUGCAAUUUAACAAAAAGGUUCUGUAAUAAAACAGGAGCUAAUUAUAACUGCAAAGUACUGGUCCAAAAUCCCAAUAGCUUUACUUUGGUCCUUUUUAUUAGUGUACACAAAUGAAAUUCAAUCUCUGUUUAUUGAAAUAAUUAUUACAAAAUGUAUCAUCUACAGAUCACCGACAAAAGAAUUGUAUUUAUUAAUGUCUUUAGAUGCAAGAGACAUCUUUUUUGCACUAGAAUGUACACAAUACUUAUGUAAAUGUAUGCGUGUUUCCCAAAGGGUAUACAGCCCAACUCCAGAUCCAGGAUGUCUAACUGGAAGCCCAAGGACCACAUAUGGCCCUCCAAGGAUUUUUAUGGUUCUAGCCUUUAAGGCCACAGACUUUUUAGUACAAAAUUAAUAUUUUAAAUAGUAACUGGCCCACACGUGAAUUAUUGCUCCUUUUACAUGGAAGUUGCUGGACAUCACUGGUAUAUUAUAUAAAUGUUCUCUGAUGCAAAGUAAGAUAUAUGCAUUAAACUGUGGGUUUAGAAAUGAAGUGCAAAGUGCAAACCACUCCAGUGAUUUCUUAGAAGUAUUUCUUUUAUAUAAUAAAUAUGGGGCAAAAUUAAUGGGACCUUGUGUUUUAUAUAUGCAGAUCAGAUUUCCUUCUUUUUAUAUACCCAUAGUAUUUAUGGUGAUGAAAAUAUAAAAUUACUCUUUCUACUGGGUAAGUAUAAAUACUCCCCUUGAGCAAUAUUUGAUAAAUAAAAUAUGUAUCGCUCUAUAACUCCCACAGUUUUACCCCAUACCUGACAACAACAGCAGUGGGUCAUUUUUGUAAAAUUUGGGCCUAGAUUUAAUUCAAUGGUAAAAACCUUUCUUCAAUUCAAAUCCUGAUUUCCCUUUAAAUGUCAAUGGAGUUUUCACAUGAUGAGAAAUUAGAUGUUUUUCCCAUUGAACUGAAUCUGGCCUUUAGUUUUCUCAAAUGUUAAAGUAGGUAGGUGAACUAAUCACAGUAUUUACAUCAGUGGAAAAGUGUGUAAUUUUCAUACAUAGCCAUGACACAUGGGGAAAAUAUUACCAUUUGGGAACAUACAGAGCCAGCGCUUACUUAGAUAUUGGUAUAGACUAGACUCUAAAAGCAAUAGAAAACCAUUCCCCCCAGUGCAUAAAGACAUACGUUUUUAAAAUAAUGAAUUUGGUCAAAAGUUCCUGGGAAAAAUGAAGUAUCUGUAAAAAAAAUUUGACUCCACUUUGUUUUUAUAUCUUUGAUCUUAUUAUCUUAUUUGAUAUUGUUAUCUCAAAAAUCCUGUGGCACCUUAUGCCUAUCCCUAAACUGUCAAGGGCCAGGGCCUGUCUUUUUUUUAUAAUGUUUUUUUCAUGUCAUGGUAUCAUUACUGCCACAAAUUUCAUUUUUACAGUGUAUUUGUGAUUGGUACCAAUUGCACCACCCUAAUGUAAUUUAUAUUAUUAAAAAAAAAAAACAGCUUAUAUCUUUGCAAUUUUGUGCAGUUUCCCUGCCUGCAUAACUGCUGGAAUUAAGGUUUGAAAAAUAUAACACAAUGUAAGAUAUAAGGUAAGCUUGUGAUCCUCUUGGAAAUCCCUAUAGGUACUCUGUGCAGCUGGAGAACUAAACAUUAAAAAGUAAUAUGGGUAAAAUGCCAUAUUUUAUAUACUGAACUUAUUGCACUAGCCUAAAGGUUCAGUAUCUCUAAAAAAAGUAAUGUUCAAGGCCUUUAAAGUUGGCACAGGAGCUCCCCAUCUUGGAUUUUGUUAGGAGUGUCAGCUUUGAGCAAUUGUUGAGAAGCAAAUCAUU